UUUACGACAACCUGACGUUUGGAAAUACUAUUUCGGGUCUUUUCUGCGUUUGACAACAUCGAUUUUAGAACUGUAGCUUCAAAAGAAGUUUUUCGACUUUGUUAAGAUCAUCAAUAUGCCAAGGGAGGGAAGGUCUUACAGAAGAAGAUCACGUUCGCGAAGUGAUUCUCGUGAGCGGGAGAGAAAAAGAAGAAGUCGCUCCAGAAGUAGACCAAGAAGAUCUAGGUCUCGAGAUCGAUUACGAAGAUCCAGAUCAAGAGAAAGGAAGCGUUCGCGUUCCCGUGAAAGAAGAAGAUCAAGGUCUAGGGAAAGAAGAAGGUCAAGGUCAAGGGACAGGAGAAGGUCUAAAAGAUCUCGAUCAAGAGAUAGGAAAAAGUCUAGAUCCAAAACGCCAGAUAAGAAGAAGCGCAGUGUUUCACCAGAGGCCAAGAAACUGACACAUAGAGAGGGAGAGAUCACAGUUAAAGAUGAACCCCUUGACAAGGAGGAAGAACAGAAAAGAUUGGAGAUGGAGAUGCAGAAGAGGCGAGAGCGAAUCGAGCACUGGCGAGCGGAGCGGAAGAAGAAACAGGAGUUGAUCCCGAUCAACAUCGCCCCGGUCAGUAAGAAGUGGUCACUGGAGGAUGAAGACGAUGAUGAUGAAGAGGAGGUUCAGGAGAAGAGCGAGGAGAAUGGGGAUGAAGUGGACCCCCUGGAUGCCUACAUGCAGGACAUCACUUCUGAGGUCAAACCGAAAGACAAAGAGAAACCAAAUGGGGAGGGAUUGCAGAGUACAGGAAAAGUGACCAUCAUCACCGCUGUGGCCAGGAAGAAGGUUCAGCCGGAGAAAGAUAAAGGGGAGCUGAUGGAGAAUAAUGUGGACCUGAUGGAGUACUCAUCAGAGGAAGAAGAGGAAGAUUUGGAGUCCACCAUGUUGAACAUGAACAAGAAGAAAAAGGACACCAUUGUGGUGAACCACGACAAGAUCUACUAUGCUUCAUUCAGAAAGAACUUCUAUGUCGAGGUUCCUGAAAUUGCCAGGAUGACCACUGAAGAGGUGGAGGCGUACAGAACUGAACUGGAAGGAAUCAAGGUCCGAGGAAAGAACUGUCCCAAACCUAUCAAGUCCUGGGCCCAGUGUGGCUGCAGCAAGAAAGUUAUGGAUGUCUUUAGAAAAAACAGUUUUGAGAAGCCAACUCCAAUCCAAAGUCAGGCGAUUCCUGCCAUCAUGUCGGGCAGGGACCUAAUAGGAAUCGCCAAGACAGGAAGUGGGAAAACCCUGGCCUUCCUGAUCCCGCUGUUCCGCCACAUAAUGGAUCAGCCUCCCCUGGAUGAAAAUGAUGGACCGAUAGCCAUCAUAAUGACCCCCACCAGAGAACUUGCCAUGCAGAUAACUUCAGAGUGUAAGAAGUUUACCAAACCUCUGGGACUGAAGGCUGUGUGUGUGUACGGGGGAACAGGAAUAUCAGAGCAGAUCGCGGAGUUAAAGCGCGGCUGUGAAAUCAUCGUGUGUACCCCAGGGCGGAUGAUUGACAUGUUGUCCGCCAAUAACGGUCGAGUGACCAACUUACGGAGGUGUACAUAUGUUGUGCUUGAUGAAGCUGAUAGAAUGUUUGACAUGGGCUUUGAACCACAGGUGACUAAGAUAGUGGACAGUAUACGACCUGACAGACAGACCGUCAUGUUCUCGGCCACCUUUCCCCGCCAGAUGGAGGCUCUAGCUAGGAAGAUUCUACAAAAGCCAAUCGAAGUGCAGGUUGGAGGUCGCAGCGUUGUCUGUAGAGACGUUGAUCAGAGUGUGAUCGUGAUAGAUGAAGACAAGAAGUUUCUGAAGCUGCUGGAGUUACUGGGGCUGUACCAGGAGAAGGGCAGCGUCCUGGUGUUCGUUGACAAGCAGGAGCAUGCGGACGAGUUGAUGAAGGAGUUAAUGACCCACUCCUACCCCUGCAUGUCGCUCCACGGUGGCAUCGACCAGUACGACAGGGACAGCACCAUCGUCGACUUCAAGAACGGCAACGUCAAACUGCUGGUAGCGACCUCUGUGGCAGCCCGGGGGCUGGACGUCAAGCACCUGAUCCUGGUGGUCAACUACGACUGUCCAAACCACUACGAGGACUACGUCCACAGAUGUGGACGUACAGGAAGAGCUGGGAACAAGGGUUACGCCUUUACUUUUAUAACUCCUGAACAAGAGAGGUAUGCAGGGGACAUAAUCAAGGCCCUUGAACUGUCAGGAGCCACUGUGAAUGCAGACCUGGAAAAGCUGUGGAAUGACUACAAGGAGAGAGCAAAGGCUGAGGGUAAAACAGUGAAAAGUUCCAGUGGCUUCCUUGGGAAAGGAUUCAAGUUUGAUGAAACAGAGGCACAGCUGGCCAAUGAGAGAAAGAAGCUACAGAAAGCUGCCCUCGGACUUCAGGACUCGGAUGAUGAGGACACUGGUGUCGAUAUUGAUCAGCAGAUUGAGGACAUGUUUGCCAGCGUGAAGCGAGUCACAGACAUCGCCAAACCUCAGGUUAUCUCAAACCCCAUGGCGGGGAUCGGUGCUCUUCCCACAGGGCAGUCCAAUCAACAGAAACUGGCACUUGCAAAGCAACUCGCUGCCAAAAUCAACAUGGCCAAGAAAAUUGGUCCAGAUGCAAGGGACAUCACUCAGCAAGCUGCUAAGUUUAUACUGUCUGAUGAAGGAUUUGCACCAAAAGUUGCAUCAAAGACAAUAGCAGAACAAACGGCAGAGAAGAUUAAUGCCAAGCUAGGCUACCGACCUCCCUCUGAAGAUGAAGAGGGUGAAAACAGUAACGCGGAGACGUUCAAACGUUACGAAGAGGAACUGGAAAUAAACGACUUCCCACAAACAGCCCGAUGGAAGGUCACCUCAAAGGAGGCCCUGGCACAGAUUUGUGAGUACUCGGAGGCUGGUAUCACCGUGAGGGGCACCUACUUCCCACCCAACAAGGAGCCCAAGGAGGGCGAGAGGAAGCUGUACCUGGCCAUUGAGGCCACCAGUGACAUGGCCAUACAGAAAGCUAAGAAGGAAAUCACACGCCUCAUCAAGGAUGAACUUAUACGACUGCAAAACUCCUACCAACCAAUCAACAAAGGGCGAUACAAGGUUUUGUAGGGAGAGUGGGAUCAUUGCGGGGUGAAGAGUCAAUGUUCGGGGGAGGGGCAGUUAUCACUGGAGACCAAAUCUGUGAAUUGCGUGAUAGCAGCCAAGUGUGGAUUAUAUUUUAUGUUAGUCUGUGUUGUCUUAGAAAUAAAUAGAGAAUCAACUAGUUCUUAUUGGUGUAUAUCAAAUCAAGGUAGUUUGUUGCAACAGAAAGGAAGAGGAUUGUGAUAUGUUGCAGAGUGCAAUGGCGAGCAAUACAAAAACGAGGUGCACUAAAACUACAGGAUUUUUUCUGAGAAUGGAGCCAUUGAUCAACAGGAAAAAAUUUGACACUGCACUGAUGCCAAUAUCAACAAAGUAAUAUAAGCUCCAUAUUUUUCUGUGACAUGUAUUUUUAUCAGGUUUACAUUUCAUACAUUGUACAGUACAUAAGCACUCUUGCUCCAGGUAAAAUAUGCUGGGCACAUGGUUCAAAUUGUUACUUUUCUUACAGAUGAUUACAGAAUUCGUCAAUGUUUGCCCUUUCCUUUUUAUCCCACAGGAGUUUGUCACAAUCUGAACAAGAGGAAAAAAAAUCCUGAAUAACCACCCCCCCCCCCUUUUUUUUUCUCGCUCAGAUUGAGUCAAAUCCCUGUGGAACGAAGAACCCCGCCCCCUUCAAGUGAUGUAAAUGUACGAGGCUUUACAGAGGAAAACCUUGAGUUUAUGAACCAUCAAUCGAGGCAAGCACAUUUUGUACCUGCAUUAGGAAAUGUUGUUCUACAAACGAACAAAACAUACAUGGUUUUUUUUUUAACAUGCAUGAAUAGAAGACCCGUUCAAUUUUUAAAAAUCAGGAUAUCAAAUCAAGAACACAAAGUUGUGUUAUGCGGCUAUCGUGACCUUGUCAAAUGAAAUACCUUUUCAUUUUAUCUUUAAACUUAGGACUUUAAAAAUUUCUCUCAAACAAUAUCUAUGCCGUGGAUUCCUAAUAAAUUCCUCCUUUCAUUAUGCUAUGUAAAUAUGAUAUUGGGUCACACUCGACUUAUCAUUAAAUAUGUAAACAUAAAAUGUUCUCUUUUUCUGGAAAUAAGAGACCUGACUGCUUUCUGUUUUUAUUCCAAGAAUUUUAAAUGUGUUUACCCCUUACAUAACAAUAAAUAUAACCAACCAAUCAAACUUUGGUGCGCAAUAUGCAGACUAUAUAAAGCCCGCGCUAUGUACAAAUUUUCCGAGGGUUUUGUUUCAAAGUUUUGAUUUGCAGAAAAGGGAAGGAAUCUGACAAGCUUGUCACAAGAAUUACCAGUUUGUGCAUCAUAAAAUAAAAAUCAGAAUGUCUGGACGCGGACAAAGUCAGGCCAAUAACGACAACAAAUCCAGUCAAUGUAACCCGAACAAUCCGGAAUACAAAGGUUACACCAGUGGGUACUCCGGAACCGGAACUAAAGCCGACCUUGAUAAUCAUGGCAACCAGCUGAACCCCAACAACGAACGAUAUCAGCCCAAGAAAUAAUCCCGUGGCAAUAAUCCUGAAGGAAUAUUGACUUGAAAACAAAAUUGACUUUUUUAUCAUGUAAAUAUAAAAAAGCCAAAAUCAU